AUGCAUUUAUCAAUAACAUGUUCGAUAGCUGUCAUGGUCAUCAGCUUAUCGGUCCAUUGUAGAGGUAGGUCAGGUAAUUACGUUAAUGAAGAUAGCAGUUUUGGAAAUGUUAAUCGUCCCUGGAUAUGGGGGUCCACAGAAGACGGAGAAAUUAUAUUCGAAUCACUUACGUCUGAGACAUUAGAUGGUGCUCUAAAUGUUAUACGAACUUCUUUUUUCACUGAUGAAAAUAUGUGCAAAGGUUGUGGAUUAUUAUCUGAACCUGGAGCUUCAGAAGAAGUUGAACAAUUGAUAUUAGAUGUUGCCAAAGAUGGCAUCAGUAUUAUUGCAAGAGAUGUUAUUACAAACAAAGUUGUCGGCACUAUUUUCAAUAAACUACUUAAACCUACGAUUGGAAAUGAAAAAAGCCAGUUGGAAAUAUCUAGAGAAAAUGUUAAGCACAACGCAUCAAAAUGCUUUAUAGAUGUGAAUCUAGAUGUCGAUUCAAGAGCGGAUAUUUUUAAACUUUAUAAUGCUGAUUGCAUUAUGGAAAUGACGUUUUUAGCCGUUAGACCAGAUUAUCGACAAAGAGGAAUUGCUGAAUCAUUGGUAUCAUCGUCAUUAGAAUUAGGACGACAAUUAUACAAUGGAAUGCCUGUAAAAACGUCAGUUGAUGUCGACGGAAUAUCGAUUGCCAAUGUUGAUGAUAUUCCUAAUCUUGCCGCAGCGACAAUGACAUCUAAGCAUUCACAAAAAUUGGCAGAUAAACUUGGCUUUGUUAAAGUCAUUGAAAUAAGUUUUAAUGAAGUUAUGUUCGAAGGUACACCACUAAGUGAAAAAAUCGGCGAUACCCAUCAAACUGCUGUAAUUGAUGUUAAAAGUCUUUCUACAAAUUAA